CGCGCACUGUUUCGGAAAGCAUUCUGUAGGAUAAAAGCAUAGACACGGUAAAGGUCGUAGUUUUGUUGAAAUAAAUAAUAACGUUAAUAAUAUUUUGCCGAUUUAGCUGUAAACGAUACACGCCACUCCAGCUUCAGAGCAGAGUGCUUGAAUCCCAGCCAUGUGCCGACUCCCUCUUCAUCGCCUGCUGCAGAUAUGGAUGCUGUUUCAGUGUUGUGCUUCGUGUAACUGUGGACUCGAUCCCAAAAAGCGGGACGUGUUGAUGAAGCUGGAGGAGUUGAGACGUACAGGAGGAGGCGUUGAGCUGGAUGAGCGAGAGAAACUCCUGGAUGCGAAGCUUCAGAAACUACAGGAGCAUGAAAUGAAAGCUGGGCCGUUUCCUCCGUCCAUGCAUUUCUUUAAGGCGAAGCCCCUCAUCGAGCGAAGCCCCAUCUUUAGUUUGCUUCAGAAAAUGCCUAAAGGUGGGGCUCUACACGUUCACGACUUUGCCAUGGUUGGUGUGGAAUGGCUGGUGAAGAACGUUACCUACAGAGAGAACUGCUACGUUUGCUUCACCCAUGAGGUGUUUGUGCAGUUUAUCUUCUCCUCUGGGCAGCCUGAACCUCAUCCUCGUUGCUCCCAAUGGAUCCUGCUAAGAUCCCUAAGGGAGAAGACUAAAAACAUCACUGACUUGGACAACAGUUUCAUUCGAAAUCUUACUCUUUUCACCGAGGACCCAGACAGUGCCUAUCCCAGCCAAGAUGCAGUGUGGAAGAGAUUUGAGAAGGCAUUUUUGGGGGCGUACGGACUGGUCACCUAUGCACCUGUAUUUAAAGACUAUCUCUAUGAAGGUCUCCGACAGUUCUAUGAAGACAACAUCAUGUAUGUGGAAAUCAGGGCUUUGCUACCAUCGACAUAUGAACUUGAUGGCAGACUGAAUGAUAAGCAGUGGAGUAUGCAGGCCUGCCAGGAGGUGGUGAGAAGAUUUACAACACAUUAUCCAGACUUUGUAGGGGCUCGGGUGAUCUUCACUGUCCACAGAGGUGUUAAUGCAACUGUGGCCAUAAAGGCAGUAGAAGAGGCCAUGACAUUACAGAGGAACUUCCCAGACACCAUGGCAGGCUUUGACUUUGUUGGACAAGAAGAUCUCGGCAGACCUUUGUGGUACUUCAAGGACGCUUUGAGUUUACCUGAACAAAGGGGUGUCGACCUGCCCUACUUUUUCCACGCAGGAGAGACAGAUUCACAAGGAACGGAGGUGGAUCAGAACCUUAUGGAUGCCAUUCUGUUCAACACCACGCGCAUAGGUCACGGCUUUGCUUUGGCACGUCACCCUGUAGUUAAAGAGAUGUCUAGAAAGAUGGAUGUGCCUGUAGAAGUUUGUCCUAUCUCAAAUCAGGUGUUGAAACUGGUCUCAGACCUGCGGAAUCACCCAGCCGCUGUGCUGAUGGCUGAGGGUCAUCCUCUAGUGAUCAGCUCUGAUGAUCCAGCUCUGUUUGGGGCUAGUGGACUUUCUCAUGAUUUCUAUGAAGCCUUUAUGGGCUUUGGUGGAAUGAGCUUUAAUUUGGGCACAUUGAAAGAGCUGGUCAUAAACUCUCUCAGGUACAGCUCACUGCCAAGUCAAACAAAGGAAAAAGCUAUUGCAGCUCUACUGGUAAAAUGGGAUAAGUUUGUCCUGGAGAGUUUAUUAUGAACUACUUUUAAGAGUAGUCUUUAAACAGGGACAAUUUUAACACUGUGUGUUUUCUGUAUGUUUUUAUGUGAAUGUACAAUCGCGUGAAGACUGUUGUUUGAUAUGAGGAAUUGAUUUUAAUGUCUUAAACUGACUUGUACUGCCAUCUGGUGCACAUUUCUAUAUCAAUUCAAAGGCUGUUUCUGAAACGUUAACUUCAAAACUGAGUACAUCUUGAAGUUUCAAUAAAACAUGUAGUUAUUUAA